AAAGGAUUCAAAGGAAGGCCAGGAAAAGCCAUACUGCCAUAGGCUCCGGCGCUGGAGCUGCACGCGUGCGUUGUGAAUGCAUCAUGAUUCCGCGUUUUAUAACGCGCCAGUUGACAAUAUGCAAUAUUUCAAAACGUUUCACGAGAAUAUGAUACUUAAAAUCCUAAUUAAUUUUAUAUAAUACCAUGUAUGCACUCAUUCAUAGCAGAUUAACAUGCUGCACUGAGCUGAGAAAGUGAGAUUGUACUAAACAAAGGGUUGACUAUGCUUGGAAUCAUAGCUGUCGUCUUAAUUCUUCCAAUCCUUGCAGGAUAUUUGGUUUGGAUAUCGUGGAAACGUCUGACAUUUUGCCAGAUUUUGUCGCCGAUACCAGGCCCUAAAUCAUGGCCAAUUGUUGGCAAUGCAUUGCAGUUUGAUAGAACACCACAAGGUUUUCAUGAGCAAUUAGUGAAGUGGGCAGAAGAAUAUUAUUCAAAUGGCUAUUUUUGUAUGUGGAUUGGACCAAAACCUUACAUUGUUGUUUUUAAAGCAGAAUAUGCUGAAGUAAUUUUAUCAAAUCAGAAAAACAUUACCAAAAAUUAUGGUUAUAAACUCAUGGAACCAUGGCUUGGAACAGGACUCCUUACAAGUACUGGAAACAAGUGGAAAUCAAGACGUAGACUGCUCACUCCAGCUUUUCACUAUCAUAUUUUGGAAGACUAUAUUCCAGUAUAUUUGACACAAUCGUCCACUUUAAUCUCACUACUCAAGGAGAAGGCAGGCAAAGGUGAAUUUGACAUCGCCCCAUAUCUUCGUAUGUUCACCUUGGAUGUAAUAUGUGAGGCAGCAAUGGGUGUUAAAGUGAACGCACAAAAUGAUAAUAAUUCCAAAUAUGCUUCAGCUGUUCUGAGCAUAAGUGAACUGAUACUUGAACGGUGGAGAUCUCCAUGGCUGUCGACAGACGCCAUUUACAAUUUGACAUCAUCUGGAGCCCGACAAAAAGCUAUUUUAGAAACACUACAUAGCUAUACUAACAAGGUGAUCAGCGAUCGCAUUGAGCUACGAAAACUGGAUAAAAGCAAAAAUGAAAAAACUCCUCCAGGCGUCGAGCCAGUGAAACGACCAAGAAAAAGGAACAAUUUCUUAGAUCUCUUACUUGAUGAAUGCGAUGUCGGAAACAUAACGAUCGAAGGAGUGAGAGAGGAGGUCGAUACUUUCAUGUUUGAGGGUCAUGAUACAACGGCAUCUUCAUUACAAUGGGCAGUGCAUAUGAUAGGAAGACAUCCGCAAAUUCAAACUCAAUUACAGAAUGAAGUUGACAAAUUUUAUGACACUCAUGGUGAUGAAGUGGUUAGUGUUAGUCAACUGAAAGAGUUACAGUAUCUUGAGUGUGCGAUCAAGGAGACGUUACGUUGUUUACCAUCGGUGCCACUGAUUGGGCGAGAAAUAACUGAUGACUGUGAGUUUGGUCCUCACUCUAUUCCAAAAGGUUGUGCAAUUGUGUUGCUAAUGAAACCAAUACAUCAAGAUCCCAACGUUUGGGACGAACCCAAAACAUUCAAUCCCGAUCGAUUUCUGUUAGACAACGUGACCGAAAAGAAUCCUUUUUCCUAUAUUCCUUUUUCAGGAGGACCAAGGAAUUGUAUUGGUCAAAGGUUUGCAAUGAUGGAAGAGAAAGUUGUUUUGUCGUCAAUACUUCGCCAUUUCAAUAUAAAGUCAACUCAGAUAACUGACAAUAUCAAAGUAACUGCGGAUGCAAUUUUAUCUUCAGUUGAGGGAAUUUUGGUGGAGUUAGAGCCAAGAAAUGCUUUUUGAAAACGGUUACACAUACACCGUGAACUGAUUAUUCAGUUGGGUUCAGACAUGUGGUCUGACAACUAUAUAGUGAAUUGUGACGUUAUAGUAUAAACAUAUGCAUGGGUGUUUCACUGAUAUACUUACUUUGUGUCCGGUGACAAUGAAGAUAUACUAUCAUAUCGUGAUAUAAUCUUUUAGGUUCGCUUAGUUUAAUUCAUUUAUGAUUGAAAAUUGCAAUUGUGCAUGGGUAUAUUAGUUUUCCAUAUACGGUGAAUGUUUUCCAUUCGAUUAUUCAGUUCUUUCUGAAAUGUGGAAAAGUCUAGGAAGCCGGCGUCAAAUCGCCGCUACUGGUGAGAUUAGCAUAAACCAUAAACAGUGCAUGAGCAUGUGAUAUAAUAAAAAUUACCUUCUGUUUGGGGAUGCAGUGAUAUAAUUUUUAGGAUAUUUUUAGCAUAGUUUAUCAUUUAUCAUCAUUCAUCAUCA